UCCUCCUCCAUCCUCCUGCUCCUCCCUCCUCCUGCUGCUCCAUCCUCCUGGGCCAGCGGCAUUUCCGACAGCAUCUUGCCCACUCCAGCCAGCAGGUCCCCCCACCCACUUCGCCCCUCUCUUGCCGUCGGCAGUGCCAACUGCUCCUGCCGUUGAUGGACAGACUCAGGCCCCUCGCCCCCAUCCCGACAAUGCGUCGAUCUGGCCGUCUGCCCGAUGCCACCUCGCUGUUGGGCUCUUCAUCGCCAAGAUUCUCAAGGCGCAGGAGGCGGAGUCUCCUUUGGCUACUAAUCGCAGCCCUGCUCAUUUCGCUCGCUGUGCCGUGGGUCCUGUAUGUCGGCCUGGCUCGAUCGUGGUUUGCAUCAUCGAAGGGGCCCACUUGGCGGGUUGGCGGGCAUCCUCGUUUGCAUCCGGAGCUCAAGGGGGCCUAUGACGUCGCCUCCACCAUUGUCGGUGAAACUCCUCAGUUCUACACCCACACAAACGCAAAGUUGCCAGCAGCGGGAGCCGUUCUCGAGCUCACCCUCCAGGAUUUCCGGCCAGCACCCAUCAACCGGAGCCUCCUGCUCGACACUUCGUAUCUGCUGAUGCCCGAUGCGCCUUCAUUUUUCAACGAGAGAAAUGCACCUGUCCUCGAUCGCUCCUACCUGGAGAGCGGCGCCGCCCAUCCGGUGGAGUACCCCAGGAAGAUGUAUGACGUCCUCUAUCGAGAUCUCUUUCGGGCAUGGGCUGCCUUUGCCGACCAGCACCGGAUUCCCUACUGGCUCUCGCACGGAACACUGCUCGGAUGGUACUGGAACAAGCGUCGGCUGCCCUGGGACACCGAUAUCGACGUCCAAAUCUCUUGUCGGAUUCUUCCAUUUCUGAUCCCUUUCAACAACACCAAGCUGGGCGACGGCCGAUACCACAUUGUCGUCAGCCCACUCGCUUGGUAUCGGCUCCCAGACACCGCAAAUACGGUUGACAUCCGAGUCAUCGACACCCGCUCCGGCGUCUUUCUGGAUAUCAUGGCGCUGUCGAUGGUCGUCUGGAGCCCUGGCACUCUCGAGGACAAAUCUGGUCACUCGAUCAACUCGGCGCUGGUGCAGCAUAUUGUCCGGGAUGAGUUCGAGGGUAUCCCGGCAUGGGUCCCGCGAGAUCACCAGCAAGUCCUGGACUACGAGUAUGGUGUCAUGGCGAGCCACCGGGCCGUCUACCGCAACUACAUCUUUGUCUCGCCAACUUCCCAUCUGCGGUCACCCUUCAUCCCGAAUCGGAAUGUGGAGGGUGAGUGGGUCGAACUCGAUUGCACUGGUCUCUACGAAACCUAUAUCCUCGACUCUGGCUGGUUCCUCUCCCGGGCGAUGCAUGUUAGCUGGGAGAAGAAUGACACUGCCUGUGAGGUGAAUGUGACCGAGUCCGAUCUCACACCCCGGAUCGACUAUGGUGAUCGCGGUAACUACUUCAAUCUACCUCAGAGCUUUGUGCUGCGUGGCUUUUGGAUCCCCGGCCGGAUGGUUUACUGAGAAGGUUCGUCUUGUGGAUAAUGCCAAUUAUCAUUUUCGGCUCUGAGAUCCUCAACGAGCCAGUAAGGUCCUCAAGGCCU